AUGAAUGUCAACAAUGAAAUAUGUGGUAGAGCUUUUCCCAAGGUGGGCUUCUUCCUUUCCAAGCAUCUAAAACUUUUUCUUUGUUGUAGCUGUGGUGUUCGCACGCGUUCUCGUAUAGUCGGAGGCUACCAAGCUGCUCCUCAUUCUUGGCCUUGGCAGGUCAUGCUUAUGACCUCUGAUUCGCGUGAGCCUUUCUGCGGAGGAACGUUAUUAAGUGAAGUUUGGAUCAUCACUGCAAGCCACUGUUUGGACCAUUUGAUUGAAAAAGAUGUUAUAGUAAGAGCAGGUGCACAUCACCGAACCAAGCUGAAUAAGUGGGUGCAAGACUUAAAAGUGCGACAGAUUUAUCCACACCCGAAGUACGACGAUCCCGUUAUGUUCGCAAAUGAUGUGGCCUUGCUCCUGCUGGACCGACCAGCCCAGAUAAACAGUGCAGUCCGCCUAAUUUGUUUGCCUGGCAAGAAUGACCGACCGAGAACAGAUUGCACGGUGACCGGUUGGGGUCGUCUAGAUGAUUUUGGUCGUCGUCCAGACUACCUUAUGCAAGUGACCGUUCCAAUCGUGCCCUAUUCCACAUGCCGAGAGAUCUAUUCAGGAGAGGUCCACGAAAGUAUGCUGUGUGGAGGACAUCUAGCAGGCGAAAAAGAUGCUUGUACAGGCGAUAGCGGCGGACCAUACGUUUGCGAGCACCAAACCAGCAUUUGGAAACUAGAAGGAAUUGUCAGCUGGGGUUACGGCUGUGGACGGGAGGACAACCCUGGAGUUUAUACCAAUGUCUCUCACGUACGUGAGUGGAUAAAAAAUGUGUCAGGCAUAUGA